UUUAUGUGUGUGUGUAUCGGCUUGGUGACAAGUAGAAAAUCUAGCUUAAAGCGCAGAACAACGAGAUAUCACAAAAAUAGUUUGUCAAGGCCCAGUUUGGAGGACGAAAACAAGUGACAACACAUCUCUUUAAGACAAGUGUGUGCGUGUGUGUUGACAGGCGCAAGAACAAAGAAAUGGACGUAAACGCCGAGGCCAAGCGAAUCAUGGCUCUGUCCCUGGGCAAGCUGUACAGCUCGCGCUCCCAGCGCGGUGGACUAAGGCUUCACCGAAGCCUGCUACUCACUAUAGUUAUGAGGACCGCCCGGGACAUCUACCACACUCCACGCCUAUUCAACGAGAGUGAGGGGCAACCCACCACCGUCCAGUGCGUCCAGGAGCCGCUGGCGACCGAGGAGCCAAUGGAUACGAGUAACGCUCAGGUCGAGACCUCCGCACCAGAAUGUGCGCCUUUGCCUUCAACCCCAGAGAGCAGCUCGUCCGAGGGCGAGAGUGAGCCGGUACACCCGAGUUGUACGCGAGGCGAGGAGGAUAAGGAGAACCACAGUCCGGGGACUGAUCGCCGGUCAAGGAAACGCCGCGGUAAGGCAACUGCCGAGCCUGACUUCCUGCCCAGCAAGAAAGCUAGAAUAGAGACGGGAGGUGAAAGCUCGACCGUUCGGGGCACCGGACUGAGAUGCAGCAAUGGAAACCGCUGCAGAGUGGGGGAUUCGCUGACUUCUGUGCCACUCUCCCUGGCCAUAGCGGCGUUCUGAGUUGGCAAAACCGGGAUGGUUUUAAUCCCAGUCUGGUUCAGCAAAGGAUCAGGAGAUCCGGUCUAAGCACAGACGGGUCAGGAACUGACCUAGUUUGUCGAGAGACAGCAGAGGGUAAAGCGCACCCCUGGCAGUGACCAUGUCUCCGGUCAUGUGUAACAGAGGCAGCGGGGGGUGGUAAGUUUCAUGCACGAGGUGGCGUGAAAUGCGAAGCACUGCUGGGUCCCGAUGGUCCUGACUGCGCUCCGAGUGCCCUCCAGUUGCAGCUGUUGAACGGGGCCCGACAACGCUGACCGAAAAGCAGCGAGAGAGGAGGACAUUCCCACGGCAGCCGCCUUUACCUUCGUUGUGAACUCUGAAACCCGGGCUGAAAAAAGGUCCGAAAACU